AUGAAGAAAAAAAUCACGAUCAGUUUGCCAGUAAACAGCGAUAAAUGCCGGGCAAAUGCUAUGCAAAUUGCAGUAUCUAGUCCAGGGGUGAUCUCGGUUACUAGUGAUGCAGAUAAAAACCAGUUGGUGGUUACCGGCGACGGCGUCGAUUUCUUUUUGUUGAUGAAAAGCUUGAAGAGGAAAUUCAGAUGCGCCAGCAUUGUCUCAAUUGAAGAAGUGAAGCCGCCAGAGAAGAAAGACGAUAAGAAAGAUGAAAAGAAGAAAGAAGAAUGCUGCAAAAUUUGUUGUUGUCCUUGUCCUUGUGCUUGUCCGCCACCGGGUUACAAUAAUCCAUGCGUACAGUAUUACCCGGUGUGUCAACCCGUUUAUGACUCCAACCCAAGUUGCUCCAUUCAAUGA